AUGACGAACGCCAACGACAUUUCGACUAUUGAAGAACAACCCGAGGAUAUGCGCUGGUAUAUAGUGCAUACCUACUCGGGCCAAGAGGACUUGGUAGAAAAGAAUCUCAACCUCCGAAUCAACAGCCUGGACAUGGAAGACCGCAUAAAACAGGUCUUGGUGCCCACCGAGGAAGAGGUUGUUUUCAAGGACGGCAAGCGGCGUUCAGAACGCAAAAAGCUGUUUCCGGGAUAUAUCCUGGUUCAGAUGAGCAUGGAUGAUGAGAGUUGGUACGCCGUCCGCAAUACUCCCGGCGUAACCGGCUUCGUCUCCACGGAAGACGAGCGGGACAGCCGCCCCAAACCAGUACCACUUGAGGACAAGCAGAUCGAGGACAUCCUCCGCCAGGUGGAAUCGGAUUCCACCAGGGUAAAGAUAGCCCUUGAGCAGGGAGAGACGGUCCGCAUCACCGAAGGCCCAUUCGUCGACUUCAUCGGUGCCAUAAACGACGUCGACGAGAGCAAGGGCAAGGUGCGUGUACUGGUUUCGUUCUUCGGAAGGGAAACCCCCGUUGAGUUGGACUUUCUGCAGGUCGAACGCAUCUAA